AGAGGCGAGGAGAUGUCUUUGUGAUCAUCAAACAACUUAAAAUGAAUGAAGCGAUUGUUGCGCCAAUCAAUUUGACAAUGAAGGACGUAUUUCCUAUUGAUAUAAAUACAGUGAAACAACUUGAAAAUGGUGAAGGGACAUUUACAAAGCCAGCAGAAGCUGAUUUGAGGAAGUUGGUGUAUGUGAAUGGAAUCCAAAAUGAGUCGCGAGUCUUGGUGUGGAAAUUGGUGUUGGGGUAUUACACACCACAGAUGACAUAUACACAGCGAAAUGACAUCGAUUGCAUUCGAAAGAAGAUGUACUAUAACAUCAAACAACAAUGGCAAAAUUUUGACGAUGAGCAACUUGAAAAUUGGAAAGAGAUGCGAACGAUUUUUGACCAAAUCGACAAAGACGUCCGACGAACCGACUCGAAGCUGGAGAAAUUCAAAAACCCACGAAACACAGAGAAGCUACGGGACGUAUUAAGAACAUACGCGUUGUAUAACUUUGAAGUGCAGUAUGGGCAAGGCUUGAAUGAUUUAGUGUCGAUCAUUAUGGAUGUUACUGAGAGUGAAAGUGAUGUGUUUUGGAUACUCAAAAGUAUCAUGGAAUUCAUGGGAGUCUUUUAUCGAAAGGAUGAGAAGCGGAAGAAGACGUUUGAAGAGGUUGGGGACAUCAUUAAGUUUGUGAAUCCGGAAUUCUUUGCGUACAUCCAUACCAACAAAAUCGACUUCUCUGUGUGCUUCCGGUGGAUAGUGUUAUUGUUCAAACGUGAAUUUCGAAGGGAAGAGUGUUUAGAACUGUGGGAUCGAAUAUUUGCGUAUCCAGAGAGGGAGAUGUACUACUUCAUCUGUGCGUCGAUUCUAUUAGAAAACGCACCGGUGAUAAUGGAGCGGCAAAUGAAGUUUGAUGGUGUAGUGGAAUUCUUACAGAAGAUACAAAGGAAUAUACCCACAGCAGUAUUCUUUUAUGCGGAUGUUAUCUAUCAGCAGUACACGUACCGCUAG